CACUCGGAUCAAGAUGGCGGGGCAGGUGGUGCAGGCCGUGCAUCUGGAGUCGGACGCUUUCCUCGUCUGCCUCAACCACGCUCUGAGCACAGAGAAGGAGGAGGUGAUGGGGCUGUGCAUCGGGGAGUUGAAUGAUGAUAUAAGCCCCAAUAGGAGUGACUCAAAGUUUGCAUCUACUGGACCUGAAUUGCGAACAGUUGGUGAAAAGGUUGACACUGGGAAGAUUAUUCACAUUCACUCUGUCAUCAUCUUGCGACGUUCUGAUAAAAGGAAGGACCGAGUGGAGAUCUCUCCAAAGCAGUUGUCUGCCACUUCCACAGAGGCAGAGAGAUUGGCCGAGCUCACAGGUCGCCCCAUGAGAGUCGUGGGCUGGUACCAUUCCCAUCCACAUAUCACUGUUUGGCCUUCUCAUGUGGAUGUUCGCACACAAGCCAUGUACCAGAUGAUGGACCAAAGCUUUGUAGGACUGAUUUUUUCCUGUUUCAUUGAAGAUAAAAACACCAAGACUGGCCGGGUGCUCUACACUUGCUUCCAAUCUGUACAGGCCCAGAAGAGCUCCGAGUAUGAGAGAAUCGAAAUCCCAAUCCAUAUUGUGCCUCGUGUCACCAUUGGGAAAGUGUGCCUUGAAUCAGCAGUAGAGUUACCCAAGAUCCUGUGCCAGGAGGAGCAGGAUGCAUAUAGGAGGAUCCACAGCCUUACUCAUCUGGACUCAGUAACCAAGAUCCAUAAUGGUUCCGUAUUUACCAAGAACCUGUGCAGUCAGAUGUCAGCAGUCAGCGGGCCUCUCCUGCAGUGGUUGGAGGACAGACUGGAGCAAAACCAACAGCAUUUGCAGGAGUUGCAACAAGAAAAAGAAGAGCCUAUGCGAGAGCUUUCUUCCCUGGAAUAAGCCGGAGAUGAGCUGGGGAAAGGCAAAAUAACCAGAUGUAAAAUGAAUCAUACUAAAUCCAUUGUGAAGACGUAGAAAAUUGGAGGACUCACAGAAAGCUGAUUUCAAGACUCACCACAUAAGGCCACAAUAAUGAAGACAAUUGGCGGAGGAUGGACACACAGAA